AUGCAUUACGAGGACCGCGUCAAGGACCCUCACGACUACAGUGGCAUGUACGAUGAGGGGCAAAUACCCGACGAUCGCAGCGUAGGCCGUGGCUACCGCGACAGAGAUGAACCUGGGUACAGAUCGCCUCUACGCGGCACAAGCCGUUCCCAGAGUCCUACAAGAGACGCGGGGCGACCGAGCGAUACUGUGAUUCUGGAGGAACUGCCUCACAUAUUGACGGCGGCCGAGCUGCACGACAGCGUUCUUAGGAACUCCAUGGCUUCCGAACUGCCCCCCAUCGACGUGCGAAUCGCACGAGGCGCUCAUCGAGCCUUUGUCCAAUUCGAUUCGGUUGACAGCGCCAUCGCCUUCACCCGAGAACACUUUCCGAAGCUGCAUCUUGACUUGCCGCAGCCGACUGAUGAAGUGCCAGGUGGCCGGUUUAGCGCGUACCUCCACUACGCACGCAGCAGGGACGAUGUGGAUGCCAAGACGAUGGUAGGGCAGUGGCCUUGCUCUUCGUGCGGGUUUUCCAACUAUUCGACGAGGGUCAAAUGCAAGCAGUGCAACACGCCCCAUUCAGUCGAAGCAGACUGGCGCCUGAGCUUGACGGGCCAGGCUGAUGCGGGGGAGUCUGUCUCGCAGAUCCUCGUCAUCUACCCCCUUCCCUCCUUCAUAGACGAGGCCAUGCUGGCAGCUGAUGUGAAGCGCCUCGAGCUCGAGUCACCCGCUCCCAAGAGAGACGCCAAUGGCGGACCAAAGCUCAGGUCUACCGCGCCGACCAACAACACAACCGGUGUCGGUGCUCGCCCAGGCUCACUACAUCGCGUCUUCCUCAUGAGGGAAGUGUUCAACAACGAAUCUUUCAAGUAUGGCUUUGCCGAGUUUUGGACGGCCGAGGAUGCCGCCAAAGCCGUCGCAAAAUACCAAGCCUUGCGGUCGUUCACCGUGGCAGCGUGUGAGGUGACCGUAUCCACGAUUCACAUGGGCGUCUUCCUCCCCGAGGAGCGAGAUGUCACCCCCGAAAAUGAGAUGAUGUCCUUCCACCCACUAUUCAACCCAUUACUGCGCGUUCGAUAUCGGGACAUAAGAGUAUACCCGAAUCAACUGCUGGUCACCGACGGCCCACCUGAGGGGGCUGCCGGCAAGGGGUCUGGCGACGAUGGCGACGCCAAGAGGUCCAAGAAGCGCAAAGCGGAGGCGUCCAAGGACGGCAACGUGAGCAAGAAACCCGUCGUGAUGGCCGGGCAAAUGGCCAUGUGGCAGCGUAAACACGAUGAACUACACCAGGGCAAGGCAGGCCAGACCGGGAACAAGGCUGCUGCUCCAGAGACGGCAAAGCAAGACCCCGACGCGCCUAUCAAGAUCUCACUCGGUGGCGCCAGUAUCGGUGGUCCUGCACCGAAGCGGACACCCAGUCCUGAGGACACGUCCAUUGAGCCUCCUCGGGAGGUCUCGUACGUCGAUCGCGAAAGACUCAUGUGUCUCAUCUGCAUGCGCAAGUACAAGUCCGUCGACGAAGUCAACAUUCACGAAAAGUCACGGAACCACAAGACGGCGACGGAGAAUGAAGAGCAGGUCAAGGCGGCGUUGCCUCGUCUCGCCAUACGCGACAAGCGCCUCGAGAAGACCGAAUCGGAGCACCCGGCGGCGGACACCCCCGCCCAGGAGACGACAGAGGCAGCCGAGUACCGCGACAGGGCCAAGCAGCGUCGGCAGGCAUACAGCCAGCCCCGGAAGCCCGCAACGUCCCAAGCAGCCCAGGCGCCCAAGAAGGAAGCGCCGCCCCAGCCUGCACCGUCCAAGGGCGCCGGCAUGCUCGCCAAGAUGGGCUGGACGGCCGGCAAGGGUCUAGGGGCCGCCGGCGAGGGCCGGACAGAUGUCAUUGCGCAGAACGCAUAUCAGGAGGGCGUCGGCCUGGGCGCCGAAGGCAGCAACCUCGGCGACGCGGCGGCGCUGGCGGGGCGGAAGACCAAGGGCGACUAUAAGUCAUUUGUGGAGAACGUCAAGGACCAAGCCAGGGAGCGGUAUAACAAGAUGUGA